GUAACGUGUCACAUUCCCUAACACAUCGCAUAAUCUCCCAGUGUUAUCACAAGUUCUUAUCUCUGGAUUUCAAAAAGUCGGCCCUGGUCUCCUGAUUCUGUGAAGCUCAUGGUGGUUUUACAGAUUCAGCAGCUCAAUGGGUUCGUUAGUUACAUAUCAAGGUCUCGCACAAGCCGAGGAAGAGGAAGAAGAGCUUCGACGACAGUGUGCGUUCAAACACAAGUGGCUCCCUCUAGAACACAGAGGAUAAUGGAGAAGCUUGCAGUUGGUGGAGAAGCAGGAGGUGCCGGUGGUGCUUACUCCUACAAUGCCUUGAAGAGACUCGACAAUAUUUGGUCCAACAUAUGUACUCAACCAAAAGGACCACAGGAAACACAGCAAAUAGUUUCAAGGGUCUCUGGCCUUUCUCAAGACUAUGGUAUGGGGAAUAACCUCGUUGGAACCUUUGACAUAGCACUUUGUGGGGGCACUUUGGGGAUAUUUCUUGCAACAGCUUUAUGUGCAAAGGGUUUGAGAGUUGCUGUGGUGGAGAGAAAUGCUAUCAAAGGGAGGGAUCAAGAAUGGAAUAUCUCAAGAAAAGAGAUGAAGGAGCUUACUGAAGUUGGAGUUUUGACAGAAGAGGAGAUUGAAGAUGUGAUUGCUGCAAAGUUCAAUCCGAACAGAUGUGGAUUUGAGAAUCUUGGUGAUAUAUGGGUUGAAGAUAUUCUCAACCUCGGCGUCUCUCCAGCAAGACUUGUGGAGACUGUGAAACGACGUUUCGUAUCUCUUGGUGGAGUCAUUUUAGAAGACUGCAGCCUCUCUAGUAUCACCAUCUACGAUGAUUUAGCUGUUAUGCAACUUUCUAAAGGUGACAUAUUAUCUUCUCGUCUGGUCAUUGAUGCAAUGGGAAACUUUUCUCCUAUUCUGAAGCAGAUUAAAGGUGGUAGAAAGCCAGAUGGAAUGUGCCUUGUUGUUGGAUCUUGUGCUCAUGGUUUUAAGGAGAACUCAUCAAGCGAUGUCAUUUAUAGUAGUUCAUCAGUGACCAAAGUCGCAGAUGCCAAUGUGCAGCUCUUUUGGGAGGCCUUCCCGGCUGGUUCUGGUCCACUAGACCGGACUACUUACAUGUUCACUUACACUGAACCGCAAUCAACAUCACCCAGUUUAGAGGAUUUACUUGAAGAAUACUGGAAACUGAUGCCAAAAUACCAAGGAGUCUCUCUUGAUGAACUGGAAAUACUGAGAGUUGUAUAUGGAAUCUUUCCUACAUACAAAAACAGUCCGUUACAAGCCGCCUUUGAUCGUGUGUUACAGUUUGGUGAUGCUAGUGGGAUUCAGUCACCUGUUUCAUUUGGUGGUUUUGGAAGUUUGACCAGACAUCUUGGAAGAUUGUCCAAUGGAAUCUAUGAGGCAAUAGAUGGAGAUUUACUGGACUCAGACAGCUUAUCAAAGCUAAAUCCUUACAUGCCUAACUUGAGCGCGUCAUGGCUGUUUCAAAGAGCAAUGUCUGCGAAGCAAAAACUCGAUGUUUCCCCUAGCUUCACCAACGAGCUUCUCCAUGUAAAUUUUAGUUGCAUGCAGAGAUUGGGCGAUCCGGUUCUCAGACCAUUUCUUCAGGAUGUAAUACAGUUUGGUCCUCUAGCAAAGACACUAGGCCUUGUCAUGCUGAACAAACCUCAGAUAAUUCCAUCCAUAUUCAGACAGGUCGGGAUACCUGUGUUGCUCGACUGGUCAGUUCAUUUUUUCAUGCUGGGCUUGUAUACAUUCCUCUCCGCAUACAUCGAUCCAGUAAUAAGGCCAUCUUUGGAAGAACUUCCAUUGAAGACGAAGUUCCAGUGGAAGAGACGUCUAGAGGCCUGGAAGUAUGGAGCUGGCCUCGAUUACGAGUUGUGAUUCCGUCCAUCUUUCUCAAGAGUGGGACACUAAUCUCUUUUUGGUGUCAACUCAAGUUUAAAAGUUCAUCAUAUCUUCAAUCUCCAAGACAUUAUCGUCCAUAGUACAUAUCUAUCUUCACAAGCUUCAUAAUAUCUGCCUUCUCUAGCUCUUCAUUCAUAUAUACACACAAUCAACAUCUCAGUCCUUAGAUUUGGUGCACAGGGUUCUAGAAAACUCCUUUGAUAUCAACUUUACAUAAAGGUCCAAAGGCUUUGUUUACUGGACAGAAAAAAUUGUAUAACAAAAGAGUAAAGUUUUGUUAUCUUUA